CACAAAGCAUUCAAUAAAGCUCAUCCUCAUAGUCAUGGCAGCCUCAGUGGAUUCUCCGUCAUCUUCACAUCCCAACCAGGGAUCGACCAGCUUCGUGGGUUCUUCCCCAUUGUUCAGUCCGGCUUCCGAUAAGCGUUUCUGGAGCUCCCUUCGAGGUAGAAUAGACUCCCUUCUUGAGGAACGGAAUGUAAAGUCUUCAAAUCUGGAUCCUAUCAUGCCCCACCAAUUUAACACCAACAAAUCGGAAAGGGCAAAGAAAUUGAAGGAAGAUUCUUUGCUUUUGCUGAGGGGUUUCGACUCGGUUGGCUAUACCCUAUCUCAGCUGUCCAACAAUUUGGAUAGUGCCUUACAGGGCGCUAGGGAUCUCGUCAAAGCGCCAACCUUGACGGAGAUCUUCCAGAGCAACCUCAAGAACUCGGAGGUUGAGGGAGGUGAUUCCAAAAGGAAAGCCAAUGAGUGGGAGGUGCCCAAGCAAGCAACAAAGAGAAAAUUUGAUGACAGUCAUUGCUCAGAAGAAUCAGAUGUCGAUUUAGAAAAAGAUGAGCAGCAAAACCCAAAAGACAAGCUUCAAAAGGCCAAAACUCUUGCAGUUACAAUGGCAACAAAAUCAGCCUCUCUUGCAAGAGAAUUGAAAUCAUUGAAAUCCAAUCUAUGUUUUAUGCAAGAGCGAUGUGGUAUACUUGAGGAAGAGAAUAGAAGACUUCGGGAUGGGUUUUCCAGAGGGGUCAGACCAGAAGAAGAUGAUCUGGUUAGGCUUCAAAUGGAGGCACUACUUGCUGAGAAAUCCAGAUUAGCAAACGAAAAUGCAAACUUAACAAGAGAAAACCAAUGCCUUCACCAGCUUGUGGAGUAUCACCAACUCACAUCCCAAGACCUCUCUGUAUCUUACGAGGAAGUCAUCCAAGGCAUGUGCUUGGACUUCUCCUCACCACCACCAGCCAUUGCUGAAGAAGAUGAAGAAGAUGAAGAAGAAGAAGAAGAAACCAGUGGAACACCUAGAGUUGAUCUUUUUAGCUUUUCUACCUCACUUGAUGAGCUCCACCAAGAAGAAGAGUAGAGGUGAUUUUGGAGCAGAAGAUUUCAGAGCUUUGGUCUUCAGUAUCUUUUCAUUUUACAUUCCUGUAAUCAAGUAACUUGAUGAUCGUCACUGCAUUUAUUUAGUUCAGAAAUAAACUAAUUUAUUUAGAUCA